UGACACAGCAUUUUCAGCCCAGGGUGAAUGAGUAUGCACAGGAGAAGGCUGCAUAGAGAUGAUUACCGUCAGUGAAAGGAGGCAGCAGAAACAAUAGGGAUGAAAGAAUGAAGAAGUGAUGAAGAAGAAACUAAAAGGAGAAGCUAAAAGAGAGGAAGAAGAAGAAUGAGAGGAGAACGAAUCACAGACCACAUAAAUCUAAGGAUGUGGGACCUUUGCUCUGGACAGUGAAAGUUAGACUUUGAGAAGCGAAGAACAAGGAAUUCCAAUAAAACUAAGUGACGGAAAACAACAAUUAACUUCCAGGUGGUCUUCUUAGCGGUCCAAGCAUCUCCAUGGCGGAGACCUGAUCUUUGGGACCAGGACAGAGUCUGGCCUCCCAUCCAGGCUCCAUACCAGAAAUCCUUGGCGUCAUGGGAACAAGUAGGUCCAACAGGUAUGACAUUAUGUCAGCUGUUUUACCAGAAGAAGAACGCAAGAAGAGCUCUAGCUUAGUACUCCCUAACGGCCACAAUUCCCUCAACUUCCAACUGCCCUUGGCCUGCGGCGCAGAGACGGAAGACAGCAGGAAGAGUUCUGGAGCCUCUGCUGCCGUGCCCAACUCAAGCGGACAAAAAAUGAUGAACAACUACAAUGGAAAGAUUCUGACAAGGAGCUCCAACCAAAUACGGAGCCGGUUUGUAAAGAAAAAUGGACAAUGUAAUGUUGUGUUCACCAACAUGGAGGAAAAAAGGCAGCGCUACCUCGCUGACAUCUUCACCACCUGCGUGGACACCCGCUGGAGGUACCUGCUGCUUCUAUUCUGCACCAGCUUCCUGGUCUCAUGGCUUUUCUUUGGCAUUAUCUUUUACAGUGUCUCCUUUGUACAUGGGGACUUUGAGGAGCAACCGACGGGGAAGGGUGAUGGGCUGGCGGUGGCGGGGCUGCAUGGACCCACCUCUGGACACACAUUUGGAGAGCAGACACAAAGACUGCCCUGCAUACUUCAUGUCCGUGGCUUUGUUGGGGCGCUCCUGUUCUCAAUGGAGACCCAGACCACAAUUGGUUAUGGCUGGCGCUGCGUUACCGAGGAGUGCCCUGUCACUGUGAUUACAGUGGUCAUCCAGUCUAUUGUGGGCUGCAUCAUUGACUCUUUCAUGAUUGGCACCAUCAUGGCCAAGAUGGCCCGGCCAAAGAAGAGAAAUCAGACCCUGGUGUUCUCAAAAAAUGCUGUCAUCGCCCUGCGCGAUGGCAAGCUGUGCCUCAUGUGGAGGGUGGGCAACCUGAGGAAGAGCCACAUUGUGGAGGCUCAUGUCCGUGCACAGCUCAUACGUUCAUAUGUCACAGCUGAGGGGGAGUUUAUCCCCUUGGAGCAGAUGGACCUCAAUGUGGGCUAUGAUGAGGGCACAGAUAGGCUGUUUCUCGUGUCCCCGCUUGUUAUAAUCCAUGAGAUAGAUAAGGAUAGUCCCUUGUAUACUUUAAGCAGAGCUGAUCUGGAGACGGAUGACUUUGAGAUAGUCGUGAUCUUGGAGGGGAUGGUGGAGGCCACGGCCAUGACCACCCAGUUCCGUAGCUCCUACCUUGCCAGAGAGGUCUUGUGGGGUUACAGGUUUGAGCCUGUGAUCUAUGAGGACCGCGACUGCUACAAGGUAGACUACUCGCGCUUCCACAAGAUCUGUGAGGUGCCGUCAAUGCCCCGCCUCAGCGCCAAAGAGCUUAACGAGUCCGCAAGUCGGGCCUCUUCUGCUGCUUCUGCCGCUUCUCCGGUCUCUGCAUCUAGAUCCACACAAGACUUGAUUCCCAGAGCACUGAGCGCCUUUUGUUACGAGAACGAGUUAGCAUUGAGCUCUGGAGAGGAUGAGGAUGACAUGUUCGACUCCCAGAUUGGGCAGAAGGAGAGGGCAGAGAAAAGGAGGACUUCUGUCGAUUUCAAAAAUAUGUUUCAGGACGAUGCGACUGUGACAGCAGGCAGUCACAGCGUCAUGUGUGUUCUAGACAUGGACAAUAACCAGAUGGAGUUUGACAUCCUACAGACUGACAUCCCUCUUGAUCCAGUGACCUAUAAGAAUGAGCAAGAGCUCUAAACAUUGUCACGUGUCCGUUUACCAAAACCCAAAUCCUUUCAACCCGGAAUGGGAUUGCUUGGUCAUGUGCUCAAUUUUGGAUUGUACGUACAGAAAUUAUCAUGAUUUCAUAACCGAAAGAAUGCACAUGUUUCAGACUGAACAUACAUUUUGGAACAGUUAAAAACAGUUACAUAAUAUACUUUAUUUAACAUUUUGUUUGUUCUGUAAAUGUAAACAAGAUAUUUUAUGAAAAUAAUAGCAGUUUUGAUGUUAUUAUCUAACUUUCUGAAGAUAACUGAGCUCAAGACUUAAAUGGUCAAUUUUUAAGAGGCACUGUUUUAUCAAAAAGUGGUCACUUUAUGCUAGAUAAUCUCCAUGUUGUUCAUGGGUUUCAAUGGGCACUAUAACUGCAAUGCUUCCUUGCUAAUUCGGCUAUUUCACAUUUGUGAAACUGCCUUUUUUGUUAAAUCCUUUCCUGUAAAUCU